AUGCCACCCCGGUUGCCUACUCAAGGGUUCCACGCAUACGUUUCGUUCUACUCGAGCGCCGUAGCGCCGUCAAGGGCCCCACCGAAGGAUCCGUACGAGGUUCUCGGGGUCAAGAGGGAUGCAACGGCAGCCGACAUAAAGAAGACCUACUUCUCGUUGGCGCGCAAAUAUCACCCGGAUACAAAUCCCGACAAAAACGCGCGGGAGAAGUUUCAGGAAAUUCAGGAUGCAUACGAUACACUGAAGGAUGACUCGAGAAGAGCGGCAUACGACCGAUAUGGGUCUGCGUCUCAGCAACCUGGCUUUAACCCUGAUGCCUUCGAACAAGCACAAAACCCGUUCAGCGGAGGGUUCUCCUUCUCUUCUAUGUUUAGGUCGGGACGGGAAACAGGGGCACGACCGGACGAUUCGGACAUGUUUGAAACGCUAUUCGGCCCAUUUGGUGGCGGUCAUGGACGUCGAACGGGCUACACGGAGGUGAUCCAGGGAGCGGAUAUCGAAGCAAGCAUUGGGAUAAGCUUCCAGGAAGCCUGCAAGGGAACGUCGCGCACUAUCGAUCUCACUCCCGUCAACGACUGUCCGACAUGUACAGGUACCGGCAUGCGCAAAGGCGCCAACCGUGUUACUUGCAACUCUUGCGGAGGGACGGGUACCCGGACAUUUGUGAUAGACAACGGGUUCCAGAUGUCCAGCACUUGCACGACAUGCUUAGGGGCAGGAACCACGAUACCGCGUGGUGCUCGAUGCGGAGCAUGCUCCGGCGUAGGGAAAGUUCGCGUCAAGAGCACCACCAAAGUGGACAUACCCGCCGGUGUCGAAGACGGUAUGCUCAUCCGGAUCCGCGGCGCUGGAGAUGCCCCGGUACAAGGCAAGGGAGUUAGGGGAGAUCUCCUUGUCCGUGUCAGUGUCGCGCCCUCGAAGGAGUUUAGACGUCAAGGCGCGAACCUGUACUAUACCGCCCGGAUACCGCUCCAUACCGCGUUAUUAGGCGGUAGAGUACGGGUCCCGACCCUGGACGGCGAUGUCGACGUCCGCGUUCCUGCCGGCACCCAGCAAGCGGAACAGAUGGUUCUCAAAGGUCGUGGAGUAACACCCGCUCUCGGAGGUUCCAAAGGAGAUCUACUUGUCGAAUUCUUGGUCCAGAUCCCUCGAUUGCUGACGGAUCGUCAACGAGCUCUUAUCCAAGAAUACGCUGAUGAUGUGGAGGGUCGCAUCGCCUCCACGCAGAAAACGGCCAAGAAGACUGCAGAGGCGCCGAGCGACAACACCUCCGAGGCCAAGACAAGCACGAAUGGUACGGAUUUCAAUUCACCGUCCCCGUCGCCGGACGAGGGUGGGCGGAUCUCGCUAUGGCAGAGACUGAAAAAGCUCAUCGGGUUCUGA